UUCCUUGUCUUUGACUAGAGACCAACGCGCGGAAGGGCGGACGAUAGCAGCACCCACUGCUGUUAUUAGCCUUCACAUCUCAAUGUACUGUUGUCAAAGAAAGCACUGAUCAUGCCCACUGCUUUUGCAGGGCAAAUAUAUUGAUCAGUGUUAGAAUACUACAUUUUUUCUUAUGAGAUUAUUUUUCAUAGAUUUUUAUUUGUAGGUAGAUAUUUUUCCACCAUGGUGCUAGGAAAGGUAAAGAGCUUCACCGUAACCUACGACUGUCUCAAUGACAGCAAUGUCCCCGUUUUCGCAAGCGGGGACUCCGUCUCAGGUAGGGUUAUCAUCGAAGUCACCGGAGAAAUCCGUGUGAAAUCUCUUAAAAUUCAAGCAAAGGGAUUUGCAAAAGUUCGUUGGACUGAAUCCCGAAAUGCUGGAUCUAACACUGCCUAUACGCAAAAUUACACAGAAGAAGUGGAAUAUCUAAACCAUAGAGACAUCCUAAUUGGACAUGAAAGAGACGAGGACAACUCAGAAGAAGGACUCACCACCAUCCAUUCAGGACGACACGAGUAUGCAUUCAGCCUUGAGCUUCCACAGACACCUCUGGCUACCUCGUUGGAAGGGAAGCACGGCAGCGUGCGUUACUGGGUGAAGGCCGAGCUACACAGGACAUGGUUUCUGCCCAUGAAAACCAAGAAAGAAUUCACAGUGUUUGAACACAUCGACAUAAACACCCCUUUACUCCUGUCACCCCAGGCAGGUACGAAAGACAAGACUUUAUGCUGCUGGUUCUGCACCUCAGGUCCAAUCUCCUUAAGUGCCAAAAUCGAAAGGAAGGGAUAUACCCCAGGAGAGUCGAUUCAGAUCUUUGCCGAGAUCGAGAAUUGUUCCUCUCGCAUGGUCGUGCCAAAGGCAGCCAUUUACCAAACACAGACCUUCAAAGCCAAAGGUAAACUGAAGGAGGUCAAACAGCUGGUGGCCAACCUCCGAGGGGAGUCGCUGUCCUCAGGCAAGACGGAGACGUGGAGUGGCAAAAUGCUGAAGAUCCCCCCUGUCUCUCCCUCCAUCUUGAACUGCAGCAUCAUCCGAGUGGAGUAUUCUCUCAUGGUGUACGUGGACAUCCCCGGAGCCAUGAACCUGUCUCUGAACCUGCCACUGAUCAUCGGCACCAUCCCGCUGCACCCCGUCGGCAGCCGCACCUCCAGUGUCAGCAGCCAGUGCAGCAUGACCAUGAGCUGGCUAGGCAUGGCCCUGCCAGAGCGUCCUGAAGCCCCACCAAGCUAUGCCGAGAUCAUGACAGAGGAGCAGAGACGGAGCCUGGAGGUGACCUCAGCCAGGGAUGAGUUGGAGGGAUCACUCUUUGCCUACAUCCAGGAGUUCCGCUUCCAGCCCCCUCCUCUCUACUCUGAGGUUGAUCCCAAUCCUGAUCAAGCCAGCCGGACAGAGGAGAGGAGGUCUGACACCUGUCCAUCACGCUGAAGGAAGCUCAGAGCCCCGCCCGGAGAUGUUUCGGGCGUUUCUAGUCAGCUCUGUUUUUGUUUCCCCCCCCCCCCCAGCGACAGCGUUCGUACGCCACCGUCGAUGUUGAGAGAAAACAAAACAAAGAAACAAACAUGGACGAUACCACGGUUGAACGAAGCCCCUCCCACAGAGAGAGGCACAGGAAGUCAAUACACAGAGAGGCACAGGAAGUCAAUGCUUCUACACCUGCAUUGCUUGCUGUUUGGGGUUUUAGGCUGGGUUUCUGUACAGCACUUCGAGAUAUUAGCUGAUGUACGAAGGGCUAUAUAAAAUAAACUUGAUUUUGAUUGAUUUGAAUACGGGAACACUUCCUGGCAGCCUGCCUGGCCGGGGCACGGCUAGACAAACACACACCUGACCUGUGAAAAAGAAACCCCUGUAGUGGAGACAGCCUUGGUGGAGUGAUGAUGCCGUGCCAGGUCCCUGUCUGCCUAUAGCGCUUAAUAUCCUGCUUUCUUCUGUAACCAAAGCAUACAGACAUGGCUCUCACACAGAGCAGAACUGUCAUGACGAGAUCUGAGCAGAAGAAGAAACAGGAAGAAGAGAAAACAAUAUAAGCACCACUGUCUGAAGAGCUCAGCAGCAGAGGGACUACCUUCUUCCUGUCUGAAGAGCUCAGCAGCAGAGAGACUACCUUCUUCCUGUCUGAAGAGCUCAGCAGCAGAGAGACUACCUUCUUCCUGUCUGAAGAGCUCAGCAGCAGAGAGACUACCCUCCUCCUGUCUGAAGAGCUCAGCAGCAGAGAGACUACCCUCCUCCUGUCUGAAGAGCUGAGCAGCAGAGAGACUACUCUCCUCCUGUCUGAAGAGCUGAGCAGCAGAGAGACUACCCUCCUCCUGUCUGAAGAGCUCAGCAGCAGAGAGACUACCCUCCUCCUGUCUGAAGAGCUGAGCAGCAGAGAGACUAUCCUCCUCCUGUCUGAAGAGCUGAGCAGCAGAGAGACUACCCUCCUCCUGUCUGAAGAGCUGAGCAGCAGAGAGACUACCCUCCUCCUGUCUGAAGAGCUGAGCAGCAGAGAGACUACCCUCCUCCUGUCUGAAGAGCUGAGCAGCAGAGAGACUACCCUCCUCCUGUCUGAAGAGCUGAGCAGCAGAGAGACUACCCUCCUCCUGUCUGAAGAGCUCAGCAGCAGAGAGACUACCUUCCUCCUGUCUGAAGAGCUGAGCAGCAGAGAGACUACCCUCCUCCUGUCUGAAGAGCUCAGCAGCAGAGAGACUACCCUCCUCCUGUCUGAAGAGCUGAGCAGCAGAGAGACUACCCUCCUCCUGUCUGAAGAGCUGAGCAGCAGAGAGACUACCCUCCUCCUGUCUGAAGAGCUGAGCAGCAGAGAGACUACCCUCCUCCUGUCUGAAGAGCUGAGCAGCAGAGAGACUACCCUCCUCCUGUCUGAAGAGCUCAGCAGCAGAGAGACUACCCUCCUCCUGUCUGAAGAGCUGAGCAGCAGAGAGACUACCCUCCUCCUGUCUGAAGAGCUCAGCAGCAGAGAGACUACCUUCCUCCUGUCUGAAGAGCUGAGCAGCAGAGAGACUACCCUCCUCCUGUCUGAAGAGCUCAGCAGCAGAGAGACUACCCUCCUCCUGUCUGAAGAGCUGAGCAGCAGAGAGACUACCCUCCUGUCUCAUGAGGGAUUUUUGCACAUGUUAUUCUUGGCUUAAGUUGUGUAGUUCCAUUUUGAAGAAGAAAAAAGAAUCUCAAUUUUUUUUUCAGCCUAGUAACAUGCUGGACGAAAGAGACUGCAGGCUUAAUGCCUAGACUCCUUAUCUGCACAACUUCGAACAACGCAGAGAACAUAGAUACUUGGGGGAACGCAAGACUGAAAAGGACAGAAACAAUGCACUGACCUUGUUUAAUCUGUUUUAAGAUGUUAUUUUUCUUGGUCUCAUUUCCUUAAUGACGUGUAGACAGGACUUGAAAGCAGCAGCACACUCUCCAUUCAAAAGCUAUUUUUUAAUGUCUCCUCAGUUGGCUUCCUUUUUACUUUACUAGAUUAUGUCUUCUGAUUUAGUUCCAAACUUAGAAUGCCUUCGAUCCAAUCAUAUGUUGCUUUGUGUUUAUGUUGCACUGUGUUCUGGAGUAGAAGAGCGUCAGGCCAGCACUUGCCACUCAAGUAGAGCAUUAGAUGCAGAGACUUGUGAGUGUGUGUAUGCGUGCGUGUGGGACAUAUUAGAAUGCCCAUCCUCAGUGUCCCCGUCCCUCUACUCACAAAGAAACACUGUAAUGGGUGGUCUUCUCACUUGGCAAAAAAAACAAAAAACAAGAUGUUUUAAUUGCACUGUUUGAAAUAGUAAAAGAAUGAUUUCUCAUAUUUUAAAAUAGUAUAUUACCAAAACAAGAGAGAAGAGAAAUACACGGAGCAGCAAGGUAGCUUCCGAAGGCCAACAACAUUCCCUUUUUGUCCAUGCUACACUUGCCGACUUCAUUCACCAACUACUUCAUUUUCCAGACCAGUGAAGACUGAAAUGCUAGAAUUAUAUAUGUAAAAAAAGUAAGAGUACAUGGUAUGAUCUGCUUCUAAAAAUGGGGCAGAUGCAAACCCAGUCUGGCAAACUGCUGGGGAAUAAUGGAGGCUGGUGGGAGGAGCUAUAGGAGGAGGGGCUCAUUGUAAUGGCUGGAAUGGAAUUAAUGGAAGGGUAUCACACAUAUGGAAACCACAUGUUUGACCCCGUUCCUUUUAUUCCAUUCCAGCCAUUAUAAUAAGCCCCUCCUAUAGCUCCUCCCACCAGCCUCCACUAUAUUGGAUGUUGCUAAAGCUCCACUCAAACUGGCCAGAACAAAUAGUGGUAGGUUGACAUGAGUAAUACAUUGGUUUUCAAACUCAUUCAACACCUAGACCAGCUAGAGUGGAGUUCUGGCAUCGUCUUAAAGAGGCACUUUUUGAUCAUAAAAAAAAAACGAACUAGCAUUGAUGGUGGGAGGUCUGUAAAAAGUCUGGUAACCACAUAAUACUUUCUGAUGAGAAAUGUAGUCAGGCAGUGUUGUGAUGGACAUUAAUGCAUUAUUUACUCUUCUAAGAUUAGAGACUUUUUAAAAAAGUUUACAGUUUUGAAUUAGUUGACACAAGUUUGUAUGUUAUGUUUUUGUGCUCUGUUAAGAUCCAGCUAGCAAAUAUAAGGAUACUGCUUACAGUAAUAGACAACAAACUAGGAAUUAAAGUGAUCUUAUCUUAGUGGCCUUGACACAGAACUGACCUAAUUAUGAUGCUCCAUUAUCGAGUGUCUAAACAAUUUACAACCUUACUCUUUUUCUCUCUUCUCUGUGUCUGUAUGUAUUAGUCACUUUAAGUUUGUCAAAGGGACAAAAAGGGAAGAAAAAAAUUGUCCUUAAAAGAAAGUGUAAAAGAAAAAAAAUGACGAUCCCUAGACGAGCCUUUUUGAUUGUGCAUUUGUCUGAAUGUCUUUACUGAUGGCUAGAUAAUGUACUAGGGUAUUGAUGGUUUGCUUUCCAGUCAGACAACCCCAUUUAGUUAAGUUCUACUCACCUCUCCGCUUCAUGGAACAGCUGUGGAUCAGCAACCUUCCGUACCCCACUGAGAAUGAAUUAGCUAGCAAGUGGAAUAGAUCGAUAUUCUAAGAUAAAAUCCCUCUCAUUUAUUAUUUACAUUUUUUUUUAUCUUAGGGAAUCUCUAUCAAGUUAAAAGAAAAAUGAAUAAGCUUAAAUCUGUUUCAGGUUGGUCGAUUCUAUAGUCCGUUGUUUGGUGUAGUCAGUGUAGUCCAGUGUUAAAAGCUAAAUCCCUGACUUAUUGAAGUGAGGAAUCAAAAUGCUAAAAAUGGGAGAGUGGAUCUAAAAUGUUUUAGAAACAAAGUGCAAUAUUACUCAUUUGAAUGUGUUUUAUUCUCUAUUUGUAAAUCUAGUUUCUCCUUUGUCUUUAUAGUUUGUUGGGCAUGAUCGUCUAUAGAUAUUGUAUGAAUAUCCUGAAUGAUUUUGUAACCAUUUUGUCUAGUUAUUCUUUUGAGUUUAAUAAACUUUUGUAAAAAAUCA